AUGCCCUUCGGCCACCUGGAAUUCAAGGAGCUGGGCGAGGAGGAGCCAGGCUCGGACGAGGAGAGCCUGGACAGUGUGAAGGCGCUGGCGGCCAAGCUGAAGCUGCAGACGCGGCGACCCUCGUACCUGGAGUGGAAAGCGCGGGUGCAGGGGCAGCCGUGGGCGAGCAGGGUGCCCGAGGCGGCACCAGGGCCCGAGCGGGGCCCGGCCCGGCCCGGGGAGACUCCGGCCAUCGGCCUCUGCGGCUUCGCCUCCCUGCAGGAGGCUCUCGAGUGGCUCAGGACAGAGCUGCGGGAGAUGCAGGCGGCCGACCAGCUCCUGGCGCGGCAGCUGAUGCGGCUGCGCGGGCAGCUGCACCGGCUCAAGGUGGAGCAGGCCUGCCACCAGCACAAGGAGAUGCUGGAUGACGCCACCUUCGGCCUCGAGGGCUGCGAGGAGGACUCAGACCUGCUCUGCAACAUCCCACCCAAGGCCGCCUUCCUGCUCUCCAUGCCGCUCAAGCACAUCGGAGUCACCCGCAUGAACAUCAACUCCCGCCGCUUUUCCCUCUGCUGA